GACCCAUUUGGCCAUCCCUGUCACUUAAAGUGCCAAACAAUAGAGCCCCACCAUUACCUUCUUAUAUAUGUACAAAAGCUAGCAGUGGUUGUAGUCUUGUAGGAUCAUAUCCAAAGACAUCAAAGAGCUUCAAUCUUUUUUAUGGAUUGGAAUAAGGGUCAUGGGGAUUUUUCUUCUUACAUUCAUUUUGAGGUUACAGGGGACUCUGAAGCUGACUGUGAUCCUGUGAUGGGUGAUUAUGCUUUUGAAUUAGCCAGAUCAGUAGAUAAUGUUGAUGAUGAUGCUCUGUCUUGCAGCUAUGAUGAAUCUGAUGGAUCUGGUGUUUAUAAUGCUGUUGAAGUUGAUCAACUCCAUGAACAUCAUGAGUCAUGUGAUGAGAUUGAGGAAGAUGUUGUUUAUGGAAGAUCAUAUUGUGAAGAUGAUGAGAUGCAAGAACACCACAAGUCCUAUGUGUCUUUCGAUUCAGGCCAUGACGUGUUGGAUGAGAUGGAAAAGAACAGGCUCUUCUGGGAGGCUUGUUUGGCAUCUUGAUUGUAUUGGUGGGGAUUUUUUUUUUUUCAGUAUGGUCACCUAAUUUCGACCAGAAUGUGUGCUCAAAACCAAAGAUCUUCAUAAGAAUGUUACUGAGGAUCGAACUUUCAUCUUAGGAGUUCCAUGUUCUGAUGCAUAUUUGCCGAAUGUUUAAUAUUCUGGGGUUAGCUUAGCUUAAUUAGAAUAAAUCAAUAAUAAUAGGAACUUCCAAUGUUACUUAGUUGCUUAAAUCUGAUGCAGCUAACUAUUUUGUUCUGGCUGUAUUUUGUGAUUUUCGUUAAUUGAAAUGUAGAUAAGAUAUGUUAUU